AUGCAAAUUCAAUUAUUGUUCGUUAUCAUUGCCAUUGCUAUGGCUCAUGGACCAAAAGUUACUAAUCGAGUUUAUUUCGAUGUUAUAAUUGGAGAUGAAGAAAAGCCAAGCCGAAUUGUUAUGGAUCUUUUUGGUAAAACUGUUCCAAAAACAGUAGAAAACUUUAGAGCUUUAUGUACCGGUGAGAAAGGAAUGGGAAAAUCAGGUAAACCACUUCAUUAUAAAGGAUCAAUUUUCCACAGAGUUAUUCCAGGAUUUAUGAUUCAAGGAGGUGAUUUUACUCGUUUCGAUGGAACUGGAGGAGAAUCAAUUUAUGGUGCUAAAUUUGAAGAUGAAAACUUUAAAUUGAGACACACCAAGAAAGGUAUUCUUUCUAUGGCUAAUGCUGGUAAAGACACUAAUGGUUCUCAAUUCUUUAUUACACUUGUUCCAACUGCUUGGUUAGAUGGUAGACAUGUUGUAUUUGGAGAAGUUUCUGAAGGACUUGAUGUUGUUGAUAGAAUUGCUGCUGUUGGAUCACAAUCAGGAAAAACAUCAAAGAAAGUAACAAUUGUUGAUUCUGGAGAAUUACCAAUGCAAGAAUAA